AUGGAUUUUAUAAUCGAAUUACCCGCUGAAUCCAACACUAAGUCCAACGCUAAGCUUAAUGCCCCCGUUACUCCCGCUACUCCCGCUACUCCCGCUACUCCCGCUAAACCCGGUACUCCUACUAAGCCCGGUACUCCUACCGACCCCGCUACUCCUACUACUCCCGCUACUCCUAUUGAACCUAUUAAGCCCGCUAAAUCCACUAAGCCUACUAAGCCCGCUAAGCCUAUUAAAUUCGCUACUCCUAUUACUUCCGUUACCCUUAUUAUUCCCGUUAUUCCUAUUACCCCUAUUACUCCUACUAACUUUAUUACCCCUACCGACCCUACUACUCCCGCUACUCCCGCUACUCCCGUUAAACCUAUUACCCCUAUUGAAUUUACUAUUCUAAUUCUCUUUACCGAACCCAAUAUCAAUAAUCUUUUUAACUAUAUUAUAGAGGAUAAGAAUAAAUAUAAUAUAUUUUUAAAUAAGAGUAAAAUUCUAGAGAAUAUUCGGACCUUAAGAAGGUAUUAUAUAAAACGGCUGAAAAUCUUCGGUUUAGUUAGAGAAUGGAUAGAGAAAGAAUUAGAAAAUAUUCCCCUCUACACUUAUAAGAAAGAAAGUAGUAGCUGCUUUAUAGAAGGAAGUAUAAGGGUAAAAAUAAUUGUAAAGGGCCUAUUCGUUAGAGAACGCCUAUAA